AUGCACUUCCCAGCUCUUCUCGCUGGCCUGGCCGCUUUCUCUACCACUGUAACCGCCAUCCCUGCCGAAAAGCCUCACGUUGGCGUCGCCAUCCUCACCGUCAACGAGCCAGAGGACAGCACUCUUCCUCUCAACGUCCCCCUCGGUGUUCUCACUCACCAAAAGAACAACAAGCUCACAGAACUGGAAUUUGUCAACGUAUAUUCCACUGUGAAGGGCGUCAAACCUCCCAAGAUGGACCAGAUCAGAUGCCAGAUGUACAAGGAUCAGUAUGGUACUGUGCCUAUCACCAAGGAUCUCACUGCGGAGAAUGGUGUUGUCAGCAAGAAGCCAAUCUACCUUGGAUGGGUUCUCUGCCGUGUCAAGGCGUAG